CUACCCUCCAUUAACCAACAGAAAGCUCGUUCUUGUUUUCUUUGGUCUUCCAUUCAAGAAAUAUAUUAAAAAAAAUCCAAGUAUGAUGAAGAGACAACUAGUGCUCGUAAUUAUCUUAGCUGUUAUUUUCCUUGUUGUCUUGGACGUUACGCAAGUUGAAGCCAGGCGCAUGAGGCCUUUCCCGGAGGCUGUCGAUGAGAUCAAACUACUGUUUCAGGCGCUGCAAAGAGGUCCGGUCAGUGGCUCUGGUCCGAACGGUUGCACUAAUAUUCCUGGCGGUUCAGGGAGCUGCCGCAACGGCUAAAGCUGUCAUACAAAUCUCCUUCGUCUUCAUCACUAUUUGAUUCUUUAUUUUUUUUUUACACAGUAGUGUGUAACGUACAUAAUUACAUAUACGUGAUAUUUACCAUAGCUUUAUACUUGGUCUCAUAACAUCUUGAAUUGUAUUCUAGGGAAGCUUAACUAGAAGCUACAUUUUUAGAAACAAAUGUAAUAAUAAAAAAAAAAUUUGUUUAA